AUGGCCGAUGACGACGACGACGUGGUUAAGAAAAGGAAAAGGGUCUACUGCUCCGGCCACCGCCUCCACGAGGCCUUCAAGCAGGAGCUCCGAAUCCUCCUCCACCUCCGCCACCCAAACAUCGUCAAACUCCUCGCCUACGCAGACGACGACCAUCAAUCUGCCCUAGUCAUGGAAUUCGUUCCCAACGGCACCUUACAACACAAGCUCCACGAUUCCAAAACCACUCCCCUCACGGGGACCCAAUGCGUCGUCGUGGCCUUCCAGCUCGCUUCCGCAAUCGUGUACCUCUACGACGCCUGCUCCCCUCACGUCGUCCACGCCAACAUCAAGCCCUCCAAUGUCCUCCUCAACGACGACCUCAAUUGCAAGCUCUGCAAUUUCGGAUCGGCCAGCGUCGGAUUCUCCGCCGCGGUGGCGCCGGGGAAGAACGAUGUUUACAGCUUCAGAGUAGUGGUUUUGGAGCUGAUUACUGGAAUUGAGGCGUUCUGCCCCGCCACCGGAAAGAGGCUGGCGGCGAGGAACGUGGCGGAGAUGGUGGAUCCGAGGCUGCGAGGAUGGGAGGUGGAUAUGGGAGAAGUUGGAGCGAUGGCGACGCUGGCGGCGAAGUGCAUUUCUGAGACGCUGGGAAUUAGACCUUAUGCUUCCGAGAUUUUGACAGCGAUGAGAGAAGCGAUUCCGUCUCAGGCAUUCGGAUUUCACAAGAAGCUUGUCUAA